ACAGCGCAACCGCUUGGCCUAAUCUGCUAGACCUAGAAUUUGAUCUAGAAUCUAGAUCUAGAUCUAUGAGAUCUAGAUUCUUUUACAGCAAGUGUCUGAUACUUUACUAAUAGGCCUUAAAAAGCCAGCCUGCUGGUGAUCAAAAAUGAAUGAUAGAUUAGGAUACAUGGCAGCUUACAAUCGUCAAAAAACUCUUAGCCCUCUUCACAAUGAAGAGAUAAAAUCUAGAGAAAGAAAAAGUGCUAUCUUUUCAAAGAUGGAAAAUAAAAUUAAGCUACUAAAAGAGGAAAAUGGGAAACUUAAAAGUGAACUGAGUGAAAUGAGUGCAAUUAUUAAACAACUUACUGGUGAAAGUUCACAUGAAAAAUUUGAUGAGAGGCGAAUAAAUAUUAUAAAACUACAGAUUAUUCAGUUGGAAAGACAGGUUGCUAUGCUUUUUGAGGCCCUGAGUUCAAGGCAAGAAGCAACUUGUGAAGUGGAAAACAUAGUGGCAUGUUCAACAAAUAAACUAAGAUCAUAUAUAGCAACAGAAACUGGAAGCUCAUUAACAACAGUUGCACGUAGUGAUUUAAUAAAUAUGGUUGAAAGUUUGGAAUCAGCUAGAAUAAAACUUUAUAAAGCAAUAGAAGGCUCAAGUAAAGAGUCUGUUGGAAAAGAUUUGCUGUUUUUGAAUCCAUUUUUAGAAGGAAAGUUUAAGGAUGGAGAACCAUUGACUGUACUUGAUAUUUGUCUUCAUAGGUUUAACUAUAUCAAUCUUCGACUGGUGAGUCAACUUGAAUCAAAAAUGUGUACUCUGUAUAAGGAUCUCAUUUGUGUACAUGAACAGUUAUCAGGAGUAAAGCUUGACAGUUUGCUCUCUGGUAACACGAGUAGUGUUGAGAAAAGCCGGCUGGAAACUAUGAUUUUAAAGUCUUGUGUGGCUCUCAAAAAUGUGGCUGAUGAUUUAAGCUCAUUAUCGCUGCUUUGUCCAAGUUCGCCUUGGCCAGAAUUAAAGCGUCCUAUCACAAAGCAAGUUCCAUUAGAGCGUUUGAAAGCUUCUUUCCCACCAUUGCCUCACACUAAACAGGAAGAGAUAAGUCACAUUAUGGAAUCAGUCAUACGAACUUAUAACCACAGACAACAUCUAAUGAAGAAAGAGAAACAAAUGUACAAAGAAGAACUGCACUUUCACCAUUCUGUAUACGAUCUCCAGAUAAAAUAUACACAGACAUUGUUUGAUGCUGUCAGAUUAGCAUAUGAAGAAUUUGAGAAUUCUGCAAGGCAUAUCAUUGGGGAGCCAACGAAAAAUAUCUUAGAUGCUUAUAAAAAGCUGAAGACAUCAGCUUCAGAGGAUGCAUUACGAGAGUUUCUGAUCAUUUUUAAAGAAAAUGAAGAGAACCUAUCUUCAGCUGUUGAAAAACUAAAUGGCAGGUCUGACAACAACACGGAACCCAUCCUGUUUGAAUUUUUAGGUGUCAAGGUUGUUUCAGAAUUUGGUGAAGAGUUUUUUUCUAAAGUAAAUUCUCUAGUUACACAAUGCCAGUGCAGCAGAGACUUAGCAAUGAAAAAAAAGAAAGAAAUUAAAGAAGAACAGAGCCGUUUAGAAAGAGAACUGCAACAGUCCUUAGAAGAGCUGGAGUCAAAAUAUGAAAAACAAUGGUGUCCAAAAUCAAAUAUAAAGCAAUCGCAGUCCCAGUGUUCGACUGCAGAUGAAAUAUCAAAUUCACCACAUGUUCAUAGUAGAAAUAUGUCACACAAAAGUUCAACUGUAAACAGACCUGAUGUGCUAGAAAACAAAAGUAAUCUAAGAGAAUGGAAAGAUGAAUAUUUGGUUUCAAAACCAGAUAGUCUAGGAUUUAUUAACCCUAGUAACAGCUCUGCAAAUCUAGAAAAUGAUCAGGAUUUAUUAAGUUGCGAAAAAACUGACAUUCAAGAACAUCAAGGAAGUUUUUCAAGUCAAGCACACACAUUUGAUUUAAAACAUGCAAAUGAAGAACAAAUGGAGAGAGUUUCUAAAUUAAAGAGAGGAACAGGCACUCACACAAUACCAUCCACCACUCACAGAAAACCAUGUGUUGCUCAGAAAUCGCUCAGGCUCAAAAGAUCAGAAAGCAAGCCAGAUGAAAACAACUUCAAAUUCUAACUAUUAUAUUUUUGUAAUAAACAGCAAAUAUCUUC